UUCUUCAUUUCUGCACGCAAUAUCCCAUGCUCCUCCAUUCUCAAGACAUCCGUCCAUUCUUCUCCCUUCUUCUCAUUCCAUCUCUCUUCUGUUUCUUUUUGCUCACAAUCUUGUCUAUAUGCCGCGUGAUUUCGCCAAAACUCUUUGGUUGAACAUUUCUUUUUGCAAAUUCCUAUAUAUUUUGGGAUUUUUCUCUAUAAUCGUUUUGUGUUUUAAAUUUGUAAUAGGUUGUUGAUUUCCGAUUGUUUAAUUGCAGAUUUUAAGUGGCAAGGAUGAAUGAGACAUUUGUCUUAUAUUCGCAGUUGAUUUAUGGUGGUUUUAAAAAUCCCAACUGCGAAAGCUUUAGAAUAUCUUGGUUGGCAUGAAGAUGACAAAAGAAACACAAAUGGAACCUCCCUUUCUCCUCAAAUCCAUCAGGAAGUGAAAGUAAAUCUUGUUAUUACAGACUAUUUUAUGCCUGGAAUGACUGGCUAUGAUUUACUAAAGAAAAUCAAGGAAUCUUCAUCCCUAAGAAACAUGCCGGUAGUCAUUAUGUCUUCUGAGAAUGUGCCCUCAAGAAUCAAUAUGUUCAAUGAUGAGCACGGUGGAAUUGUAGAAAAGGAGCAAAAAAGGACCAAAGUGAAGAAGAUCGAAAGUUCGGGGACCAAAACGCGAAUAAUUAGAGGUUGAGCCGAACUUGAUAACAAGAUAUUAAGUAUUAACAUACCAAGAAUCAAUUGAAUAAAAAAACAUUUCAGGACUAAAAUACAAAUGGAGAAGCUUAACAUAAGUGUAUGUAACUGCAUAGGCUUCCUCAGAUGUGGUCGCAUCUAUCAAUAUCGAAGAAAAAAUUGGGGACUUCACUUGUUCUAUGUGGUCGCACCUCUACCUUAUAUGCAGCCACAUAGAAGGUUCCCUGCAUAGAAUCUUCAACUUUCCUUAUUCAACUGAAACUUAUAUGGAAAAAAAACCUAGAGCUACUAGAACAAAUGGAGGGAUACUCCGCAAACUUGUAGAGAAAUUUGAGAGAAUUUACGUGAAAGAACGAGAAAUUCAUUCUUUGGGAUCAGAAGUACGUUGGAUUAUUGAAGAUUUCAAGAUUCCUCCCUUGAUUCUUUAACUUAGGUGAUGUUCUUCUUUAUUUGUUUUUGUAAUUUUAUACAAACAUGUUAGGCUAGAAUUUUA